AUGUCUAUCGCAACAUUCCCCACAGAGCUUGUAUGUGAUAUCUGCGGCUAUCUGGAGCUGCGCGACUGGAUUGCGUUUCGGACCACCUGCCUUGCAGUGUACACGAAGUCGCUGGAUGCUUUUGCGGAGCGAUAUUGCAAGAGUAUCGGUUUGAUCCUCACUAGUCACAGUCUUCGUCGAUUGGAAGAGCUCGCAGCAAACAAUAGCUUCCGAACACGAGUUCAAGAGCUAUGGGUUGUACCGUCCUUGUUUGGGGGCUUUUAUGAGAUGGAUGUUGAUUCCUUCAAGGCCUGCACCACUUCGCAUAGAGACAGACCGCCUAAGACUGUUGCCCAGAUCAAUAAUCGGCACACUGAAUACCAGGCUUUAGUGGCAGAUCAUCUCAACAUCCUCGAAUCCGAUACUCUUAACAACGUCCUCAAGGAAUGUAUGGCACGCUUUGAGAAUCUCACUGUCAUUAGAAUGCAACAUAACGACUCCGACUUUUUCUGGAAUUCAAAUUCAAUUGCAAAGGAUGAAUUUCGGUGCCUCGGUUGGCGUGGGGUAAAACAUCAGCUCGGAUUCAACCCAUUUGGAUUGAACCUCAGAAAACCCAUACACAACCUCUGGAAGAGCAGAGCGAAGGACCACGCUAUGGCUUUUUCUGCUCUCAUGGAGGCAGCGGUUGCCUCGAACAGAAAACUCAAAAAGUUAGACAUAUGCAACGACGAACAUUGUGCUCUGCCCCCUUCGGAUAUUACACUCAAACUCACACACAAAUCCCUACUUUUCUCCCUGGAAGGAUUAGAACAUCUGCACCUCUGUAUCUGCAUUUGGGAAGUACAGUCAGAUGAUUCUAAACUCAGAUAUCUCAUCGAUAUUCCUAUAAUAGUUGCACCAAGCCUCAAGGUCCUAACAUUCUCCCAGUGGGACCGAAACGGUGUAAUGAGCCCUCACUAUUUUAUCGACAUCUCCCAGCGUAUCAACUUCACCCAGCUAGUUGAACUCGAUCUUUAUUGGAUUGAAAUUACCUAUGAUACCUUCAAGGCAUUUUUGCGCACUGCAAUGCCGACUUUGAGGUCUCUUGCGCUACAGUCCUUGAACUUGAGGGGUGCAGCUCCAAUGGACACCGAUAGUGGCCAUAACCUGUCAAGAUGGGACUCUCUAGAGAUGAAUGAGGAGAGCAGUGCUGCUUGGCGACAGGUUUGGAAUUUCCUCGGAGAUGAAUCCUCGCUACGGUCUCUUUCCUUGAAAGAACUCGGUUAUCGAGGCCGUCGUCUGUAUUUGCGUGAUAAUCUGAGCAGUCUCAGCGGGUCUCUCGAGCCGAAUGGGCCGAUAAUUGCUGUCUUCGACGCUAAGCGAGCUGGUGUUUCCUUUAAGGAAUGGGUCACUCGGCUACAGACAGGGCUGUUGCGAGGACCGCGGAUAUGUUAUGAUACCAUGCCAGGGAAAGAUUAUACCGCACAGAUGGUUUGA